GGGGGGCCGUGCCCCGCCCCCCGCUCACGAAGUGGCGUCACUUCCGGCGUGUGCGUGUGGGGUCCGUCAGAUGCGGGAUGGCGGCUCUACGGAGUUGGCUGUCGCGGAGCGUAGCCUUCUUCUUCAGGUACAAACGGUGUGUGCCAGUCGUGGCUAACUGUGAGAAGCGCUGUUUCUCGGAAUUGAUAAGACCAUGGCACAAAACUGUGGCUGCUGGAUUUGGGGUAACCCUGUGUGCAGUUCCUAUUGCCCAGAAACCGGAGCCUCAUUCUCUUAGUAAUGAUGCAUUAACGAGGAGGGCUGUGUCUUUGGUAACAGAUAGCACCUCUACCUUUCUCUCUCAGACCACAUACGCAUUAGUUGAAGCAAUCACUGAAUAUACUAAGGCUGUUUAUACCUUAAUUUCUCUGUACCGACAAUACACAAGUUUACUUGGGAAAAUGAAUUCACAGGAGGAAGACGCAGUGUGGCAGGUGAUCAUAGGAGCCAGAGUUGAGAUGACUUCAAAACAGCAAGAGUACUUGAAGUUGGAAACCACCUGGAUGACUGCAGUUAGUCUCUCAGAGAUGGCAGCAGAAGCUGCAUACCAAACCGGAGCGGACCAGGCCUCUGUAACCGCCAGGAGUCAUAUCCAGCUGGUGAGAUCGCAGGUGCAGGAGGUGCGCCAGCUUUCCCAGAAAGCAGAAACCAAGUUGGCAGAAGCACAGACAGAAGAACUCCGACAGAAAACACAGGAGGAAGGGGAUGAGAGGGCUGAGCUGGAGCAGGAGGCCUACCUGCGUGAGGAUUGAGGGCCUGAGCUGCUGCCCACGUCUGCCCACUCGGCCUGGGAAAAGCAAGGGCAGACGCCAUCCAGCCCCAGGUCAGCACAGCUUUCUCUGCGCACAGAGGCAUGGCAGGCAGGUCCUGCCCUGGCCCAUCAGACCAGAGGUCAUUGUGAGCUGUGAGUGCCUGACCCCUAUCUCCAAGGUCUCAGGCUUCUACUGGACCUGGUUCUUAGCCCUGCAGCCUGCAGGGCACUGCACCCCGUUUAACAUUUCACCCUGCUCAGCAGAGCUGCCCUCUCACCCAUCGAUCUUUUUACCUCCCACCCAGAGCAUCUCACCAACCUGGCCAGAGAGAAGGGGCCUUCUCUGUCGUGUCCACUAGUAGCUGUUAAACCUCAGUUUCCCAUCUACAUUUUCAAAUAUGACUUAGUAUUUGCUCCCUCCAUAGGGAUGUGAGUUUUUUGGGGAAAGGGGAGCCUGUGUGUUUGUAAGAUUUCUUUUUGGUAAGUGUUUCUAAUGCCUUCUGUGACCUGGCCCCAUUGCCCUGUAAGGACAACUCAGGCCAAGGAGCCAAAAGCCCAAAAGCCCAGGGACUGGAUGCAGAGUGUUUACCUGGUGCUCUUAACAGGACUUACUCCAACACACACUUCUCGUUUCCUUUUUUCCUUGGAGUUUCUCUGUUGUAUCUAAAGGAGAAUAAUUUUUUUUUGCA